AGGAAACGCCUCCAACCUUCCGUACGGUCGACAAAAGACUGUAGAGUUCUGAACAUUGCUACAUACCUGUUCAAAUAAAAUGUGCAGGAAACGGUGCAUCUCCAUAUCAACACAUGCUACGCCUCCCGUACACCACCUACACGCUAUGUGCUCCUACAUCAUUGCACCGUGUGGCUUCACUUGUACUUUCGGAUCAAGGCUCACUGCUGCAAAGCGUUGCGCAAACAAGUAACUCGCAGAUUUUUUAUGAUGAGAGUCUUACGCAAGAUUCUGCUUCUGCAAACGUCCCUCAUCUGUUGCUGACAGGCUGUCAAAUCCUGGAUGGCAGGCAGCUUACUUGCAUCUGCUAAGCCUCGCUGCUGAGCUGUAAGGCCCUCAAUCAACUUCAGGUAACAUACAUCGCCCACAUCGCAGUAUUCAUCGCCGCCAGCAGCGUCUAACCAUGGAGGUCGCUGGUCUAACCGCAAGUAUUAUAACUCUCAUCAGCGCGACAACUCUUGCUGGAUCAGCUGUUAUCCGAGUGUGGGGCCUCCGCGGACUUCCUCUGUAUAUUCAGGCAGCCUUGAAUGAAAUCAACGACUUCAAAGCAACGCUAAUGCUUGUUCGCGAUGCUCAUAGCAGCCUCAAAGCAGUUCCAUCUGACUCCUUCGAUGCGGAGGUCGUACGUUUAAUUGCUCGUGCCGACGAACGACUCACAGCGUUCAAUACGUACAUGAAAGAGAAGGUUCUUCGAGAUGGACCUACUCAUACAAGCGAGAUCAAGUUGCGCCGUCGAGCGAAACUUAAAGAGAUAUUUGGAGAAGCGCAAUCCGAACUCGGUGUCUUGCAGCAAGAACUGGCAUCGAUCAAACUUGGUCUCACAACGGCUCUCGUCGCUGUGCAGAUCCGCACAAGUGCUCGUCUGUUACUAGAUAUUCAACGCAUAUCCAUCAUACGGAAUGAAUCAUCUCAAUCGGUAGAGGUGGAUGGUCCACAUAGUGCAACCACCAUUCUAGAGCAAGCAGCCGCGUCUGGCGCAGCCCUCGUGAGUCAACAAUGCUCACCAUCUGCGCUAGAUACUCAUGACCACCUUGCAAUGAACGACGAGUAUGUCCGGUUAGAAUUGCAGGCGAGGCCCUCGGAUUGCCAUUCAUCCUGCCCUUGUCGAUGUCAUGUACCGACUCAAGGCGGAUCUCCACGUUGGCUCCAGGGGCUGAUUGGAUCUGGUUUCUACCGAUUUACAGGGGCCCCCCUCCUGAGUCGACGAUCUUGCGACGCUGAACGAUGUCUUGCAGGUUCAAAUCGAGAAGGCUCACUUCGACUGGAGUAUAGCUUUCCUACGUGGAUACUACCUUACGUGAUUCAGCUUACCGGGUCUUGGUGCACCACCAGUGGCAGAAACGCAACCUGGUCGAUACGAAUACCCCGCGUUUUCCAUGAUGACUCUGUGCAUCGAACUCUUGUGAAAGUCGCGACAGGUGGCUCGGCUACCCAGUUCUGCCGUGCAUUGGUCGAAUUUGGUGUAGGUCCUUUCGAUAUUUUCUCUCACGACUUCGAAGUGCCCCUGAUCGUGCUUGCAUUAAGUUGCGGAAGAAUUGAUAUCUGCUUGAUGCUACUGGACAAUGGAGCCACAUUAGACUUCAACUUUCGGGAUCCACAACUCACUUUUGCGCAAGAACUAUAUAUUGAAAACCUUCCUAGGAAUGGAUUCAGCCGUCUGAUGAACCAUCCCGUCAUGAUUGCUGCAGGAAGAAACCUCGACAUACCCAUAGCGUAUUACCACAUAUCGCGUGGGCGCGACACUGAGAUUGUGUCCUACUUGAGUCGUAAUGCGACAGCCAUCACAGAGCGGGAGCUAUGCGGACAAUCACUGCUUUGCUGGGCUGCUCUUUGUUGCAACGUCAAAGCUGUCCGCUUGAUACUGGCGGCUGGUGCCGACGUCAAUGCCACAGGAAGGGAUGGACGGACGCCUUUCAUGCUUGCGGCUAUAAAAGACUGCAUUCCUGUAUGUCAGGUUCUGCUGGAUGCAGGAGCUGAUGUGAACAUCAUCGAUGAACGCGGGAACGACGUUUUGUCGUUGAUCGUGAUAGGAGAACCUUCGCAGGAACUCAUGGAAAUGGUCUUGGGAGCAAAACCUGAUGUGGAACGACAAUACUCCCGCGGUUUCACUGCACUCAUGUUGGCAGCUGCAAUACCCCACCUCUCACUUGAAUUGUGCACUCUACUCCUCGACUACGGGGCGGAUUUAAAUCCAAAAUCGGCCAAAUACCGUUCACCUCUCGUUUUGGCGAUAGAGGCACAAAACCACGAAACAAUGAAGCUGCUUUUGAAGCGCAUGACAAUCGAUGACAGUAUGCAGUUGAGAGAUCUAUCUUAUACUAUCAGCGCAGCAGCAACUUGGGGCGAUACGUAUACCAUGAUAAUACUCCAGCAGCAUAUUUGCAAUUGUAACAUCUCUCCGCAUCCACGACUGACUCGGAUGUACUGGGAGAUGUUUGAUGCACGCCCCAAGGUCAUAGGUGGAGUUGAUCAAGAUAUUCAGGGGAUAAGAGUGGCUUUUAAAGCACUACUAGACAGUGUUAUGCACACGGAUACUGACGAGGCAAUGUUAGAAGUCACUGAGAUGCCACAGGUACCAGGCGCUUUUCCGGCCUGCGCUUUUGGAGAAGGAUGACAGCAAAAACCCAGCACCUGCAACCAUAUAUCGAAAGCAGUUGUAUUGAGUGGACGAAUUGAGACCAGAGGUCAGGUACACGAUUUUCUACUCACAUGUCUAUAUUUUUAGUUCAUGAAGUCAUGGUUUCGCGUUGGCGUGCACAUAGUGUGGCUGAUGUGGGAAAGUUGUAACGUUUCACAUCUGAAAUUUACGUCUUCGACAGUCUCUUCAAGAAUUACUCCGCUUCUCCUAC